AUGCCCCUAACCCUCAAGUACGAUGAGGAAUCGUUCACCCUGACCGGCAACAAGGACUCUUUGUACAAGAUGUCACAGGGGGAGCUGGAUGGAUUUUUCGCCAUGGUCAAAGAUGGCAGCGACACCAACCAUCCUUCUUUCAACUUGAGGGAUCCCGCCACCAGGGCCCAAGUUCGAGCCAUCCAGAUCCGGGGCCUCGCCAACCGCGCCCUGCUCCCAGUCACAGACACGGUUCCCCCGGAAUACCUCGAACUUUGCAUCUUCGAGCCGACCCGUACCAACCCGAGCACGGUGAAGUCCUGCGGUGUGACUUUCAAGAAGGGAAGAGUCACUGUUUCCCCGAAGACGAAGGCAAGUUUCACUUGA